AUGGACUGCUCGGGUUCCGCGCGCGGAAAUCAUCAUGAGCAGUUCGACUACGCAUUCUGGAUCUUUAACAACCGUAAUGGUGGUGGUAUUGGUGGUGGUGCCGUGUGCGCCGGUACCCUUGCCAUGGCCAGGGAAACGCUGCCCGGCAAUCGGAAGAGCCCGGCGAGAAGUGAGCUCAUCUACAGAAUCUUGGAAGAGGUGACGCUGCGUGACGGACACCAGACGCACAGAGAGCAGGGCGGUCAUGCAAUCGAAGUCGAGGUCGUGAUCAUAUGCUUUUUCUCGGCACCUCAGCAUUUCUGGGCGCAGCAAAAGAAGAAAUCCACUUUGGAGAGUCGAGACACACAGCAAAGCGUGGUCCUUGCCUAA